GCUCUCCGGCAGCAAAGCGAGCUAGCUCCACUUCAUUAAGCCAGGCCUCACACCUCCUUUGCUCCUACAAAAAUGGGAAGCUUAGACACCAACCCAAUGUCCUCCGCCUUGCCCAACGACAAGGCCGCGUUCGAGCCGCUCAACUUCUUCGCCUUCUUCCCCUCCACCAACAGCGCCGCUGCCAUCGCUGGGGACCUCAUCGCCUCUGCCAUGAACACCGUCGGGUUCACGUGGCAGGCCUCGCCUGCAGCCACCGAGAUGGAGGUUCUCGCUCUCGACUGGCUUGCACAGCUUCUGCGCCUACCCACUACCUUCAUGAACCGCACCAACACUGGUCGUGGCACUGGCGGUGGCGUCAUCCUUGGCACAACAAGCGAGGCAAUGCUUGUCACGCUAGUCGCCGCUCGUGAUGCAGCGCUGCGCCGAACCGGCUCUGUCGGCGUGUCCGACAUCCCACGCUUGACUGUAUAUGCUGCCGACCAGACCCACUCCACGUUCUUCAAGGCGUGUCGCCUUGCAGGCUUCGACCCCGCCAACAUCCGCUCCAUCCCCACAGGGUCGGAAACUAGCUACGGGCUCGACCCGGCCAAACUUCUCGAGGUAAUGCAGGCUGAUGCCGACGCCGGUCUUGUGACUACAUAUGUUUGUGCCACGGUGGGCACCACAUCUUCCAACGCCGUCGACCCGGUCCACGUCGAUGCUGCAUACGCUGGCAGCGCGUGUAUCUGCCCGGAGUUUCGCCACCAUCUUGACGGCGUUGAGCGCGUGGACUCCAUUAGCAUGAGCCCGCACAAAUGGCUUCUCACAUGCCUCGAUUGCACCUGCCUUUACGUCCGUGAUGCUCAUCGGCUAAGCGACUCAUUGGAGACCAACCCGGAGUACCUCAAGAACGAUGCUACCGACUCCGGUGAGGUCACUGAUCUUAAGGACAUGCAGGUCGGCGUCGGUCGGCGCUUCCGUGGCCUCAAGCUUUGGAUGGUCAUGCGCACUUAUGGUACUGCAAAGCUCCAAGAGCACAUCCGUAGUGAUGUCGCCAUCGCCAAGAUGUUUGAAGAUUUUGUCCGUGCCGACGACAGGUUCGAGGUGGUCGUACCGAGAAACUUUGCUCUUGUGUGCUUUAGGAUCAAGGCAAGUGGAGCCAUGACGGAGAAGGAUGCCGAUGAGGUCAACCGUGUGCUAAUGGAGAAUCUGAACAAGACUGGCAAGGCAUAUCUUGCGCACACGGUGGUUGGUGAUAAGUUCGUGCUUCGGUUCGCGGUCGUCGCUGCAAGAGGAGAGACAUGUGCACUAGUAGGAAAAGGGGCUUUUACCCCGGUUCAUAAGGGCCUUUAG